AUGUCUCUCCCUCCCGUGCGCUGUACACAACUCUCUCUCUCUCUCUCUCUCUCUGUUUAAACGGCUCACAUUCUCUGUUUCUCUCUCUAGAAAAACUUUGCCAAGAUCUGAUUUUUGUUAUUAUUCUUCCUCCAUUUUAUAUUUCUUCCAUAAAUUUUGCCUAAAAAUAAUCGAAUCCAAGAGACUGAAUUGAAUAAAAUGGGGGCAUACAGGACGGACGACGACUAUGACUACCUUUUCAAGGUCGUUUUGAUAGGAGACUCCGGCGUGGGAAAAUCGAAUCUCUUGUCUCGGUUCACCCGGAACGAGUUCAGCCUCGAAUCCAAGUCCACCAUUGGUGUCGAGUUCGCCACUCGCAGUAUUCAGGUCGAUGAUAAGGUCGUCAAGGCUCAGAUUUGGGACACCGCUGGCCAAGAAAGGUACCGUGCAAUAACAAGUGCAUACUAUCGAGGAGCUGUCGGUGCAUUGCUCGUCUAUGAUGUUACUAGGCAUGUUACAUUCGAGAAUGUUGAGAGAUGGUUGAAGGAGCUCCGGGAUCAUACCGAUGCCAACAUUGUGGUAAUGCUUGUUGGAAACAAGGCAGACUUGAGGCACUUACGUGCCAUUUCAACAGAGGAUGCCACAGCAUUUGCCGAAAGAGAGAAUACCUUCUUCAUGGAAACCUCUGCCUUAGAGUCCUUGAAUGUUGAGAAUUCAUUCACUGAGGUGCUCACUCAGAUAUAUCGUGUGGUCAGCAAGAAAGCUCUUGACAUUGGAGACGAUCCAGCAGCCUUGCCCAAGGGGCAAACCAUUAGUGUUGGUAAAGAUGAUGUUUCUGCUGUGAAAAAGGUUGGAUGUUGCUCCUCUGUAUAGUUUGUGGAAUGAAGAGUCCUGGUGUCAUGAACACUUAAUCUCUAUUUUCUGGAAUGUGGUUUAGUACCACCACUUAAUGGAACUAUGAGAAAUCGGAUCGAAUUGAAUGUGCAUUCUGGUAUCAUGUUCUAUCUGGAAGACGCUAGAAAAGUCAUUUUAAGGUUCACUGAAGACCCUGCUUUGGACGAAAGAGAUUCAUUUAUGUCGUUGGUCAGUUUCUUUUUUUUUUUUUGGUGGGGAACUAAAUUAUUCAUUUUUUGAAUGUUAUUCAUUAGUCAGUUUGUGUUAGGUUUAUAUCUACUUGUAUUUAUUGAUCAAUGUAGUCAUUUGUUCUGCGAGCUUUAUUAAUUGAAUUAUUGGCAUCUUAGUUUUCUAAAUCUUAGAUGUCUUGGCAUAUUACUCCAAAUAAACAAGAAAACAAGAAAACCGAUUAAUUAUUCUUUA